GCGUUUGGUAGCACUACCAGCUAGCUCCGUAAACAGUCGAUAGCGCUAAAUAGCGCUAAUAGCAUCUCCCCGAACGUACCCUAUACGUCGAAGAAAGAUAGAAUAACAUUUUCAACACGUAAGCGUCCAAAGCAAACGCAGCCCAAGUUACGUGAAAGUAUUCUCUUAGUUGGUGUUAGUAUUGUUACACAUUAACAAAUAUGUCCAUAGCAAAUUUCAAAACAAAAGGUACAAAAAAAUUGACAAGGGAAGCUAUUUUUAACCUAAUAGAGGCCUAUAAAGAAAAAAUUUGUUUAUAUGCGAUAAAUACGUCCAAUUAUCCUACUGAACCUGUUCAAAAUGAAGCAUUGAAAAAAGUGUGUGCCACUGUCUCAGUGUUUAGACCCGGAAUUACAGAAAACAAAUCCAAUAUUGAAAAUACUAAAGUAAAAGCAUCAUUGAAAUCUGGUGCUGGCACUGACGUAUACAAACCAAAUCUCUGGUACUUUAAACAUUUGAAAUACUUGGAAACUUAUUUUACACCUCGGAAAAGCAGGAAUUUUAAAAAGAAGAACUCUGCAAAAAAUCUAUUGACUUCCACUCAGGAAUUAUUAAAGAUUCGACAACUUUCUCAAGUAAUUCUUAAUGAAUGUCAAAUAAAUGAGACAGAGGAAAUCAUAGAAGAAGAAGAAGAAGAAGAAGAAGAAAAUGAAAAUGUGUUUAGAUACUACGUCAUUUGAGGCAUUAGCAGACUCAAUAAAGACACUCGUAAUUAUAAAAUC